AUGCUCGAUCCUGUCCUAUUCGGCGAGAUCCAGCCGAACAAUUCUACCCUGCCAGAUAUUCUGAAGCCGCUCUCAGAGCUGACCGACGAGCAAAAGUUGCUUCUUAAACCAGUCUUGUACGGGUUCAGUCUCGGUGACAAAACAUGGGGCUCGUUUGCUGUGUCUUCAUUAACCGACGUCGUCUGGAAUGAUAAUAUUAUCAAUGCUCUUGUCCUUCCCGACGAGCAAAAGAAAUUCAUCCGUGCCCUUGUUGAGUCUCAUGCCAGUAGCAACUUUGACGACUUCGUGCGCAGCAAGGGCAAGGGUCUGGUUGGACUUCUGACGGGUCCUCCAGGGGUGGGUAAAACUCUUACCGCGGAAGCGGUUGCUGAGAUUGCCCAGCGGCCUCUCUACACAGUAACCUCUGGUGAGCUUGGUUCCAGUCCAGGAUCAGUACAGGAUGCGCUCGACAGUCUCAUGGAGCUCGCAGAGGCAUGGGACGCAGUUGUUCUCCUGGACGAAGCGGAUGUUUUUCUCGUGCAACGGGACAACACAAACCUCACCCGUAAUGCCAUCACGUCUAUUUUCCUUCGACGACUUGAGUACUACCAAGGCAUCUUGAUGCUGACGACGAACCGGCACACAAGCUUCGACCCUGCAUUCGAGAGCAGAAUCCAUUUCUUCCUCAAGUAUCCCGAUCUUGACUCUGUGGCUCGCAAAAGUAUCUGGAGAAAUUUCAUAUCACGCUCAGCAACCAGCAACAAUGUGCAUGUUGAGAUUGGCGAUGAGGAGCUCAAUAAGCUAGGAGAGCUGCCAUUAAACGGGAGGCAAAUCAAGAAUAUCAUGAAUAUUGCUCAGACGGUUGCAGUUUCGAGUACAGCUCCUCUGACCGCUAGUAUCAUUCAUACUGCCCUUGGCUUCUCAAACUACGUCCCAGAAUAG